AUGAUUAGCAUGAACGAGGCGGUGGAUAGGGUUAUCAGCCGCGCUCAUCCACUUCCCCAAGAAUCUGUCGCGUUCGUCGAUGCCGUCGGCCGCGUCGUGGCCGAGGAUUUCGUCGCUCCUCGUCCGCACCCGCCGUUUGCCGCGUCAGUCAUGGACGGGUACGCCGUGCGUAGUGCGGACUGCCCCGGCGUAAUGACUCUCAUAGGCGCGUCUCGGGCGGGUGCACCCAUGCGAGGCUCCGGGAACACUUCCAUCCAACCCGGACAGUGCGCGUACAUCACCACCGGGGCACCGCUCCCCCCGGGCGCCGACGCCGUGGUCCCAUCCGAGGAAUGCCGAGUGGACGGCGGCACGGUCUCGAUCGACGCUAAUGUUGACGCCGGCAAGUGGGUUCGACCCGUCGGAUUCGACAUCAAGGCUGGGGAGACGCUGGUGCCCGCCGGAUCGCUGGUGGGUGCGCACGAGGUUGGCAUCGUAGCGGCGGCGGGCGGCGGUGAGAUUUGCGUCCACCGGAAACCGAAGCUCGCGCUGCUCUCCACCGGCGACGAGCUCGCGGAGGCUGGAGAGGUGGAGCCCGACGCUUCGUCCGGCAGGAUAUACGAUGCCAACCGCCCGAUGCUCGCGGCGCUGGCCAAGACAUCCGGCGUGGACGACGUUCUGGACCUCGGUCGAGCGGUGGAUGAUCCCGGCGCCCUCGCGUCGCUCGUGGCUAGGGCGCACGCGGAGGGAUGCGACGUGCUCGUCACGUCCGGGGGGGUGUCCGAGGGGGACAGGGAUUACCUCAAGGAGGUUUUGCUCGGAGAGCACGGAGGUGGCAUCGAAGGUGAGGUGCACUUCGGGAGGGUGAUGAUGAAACCGGGGAAGCCGCUGACUUUCGCCGAGGUGCAAUCGAAAACAGACUGCGGCGGGAACAAGAUGCUCGUUUUCGCCCUGCCCGGGAAUCCGGUCAGCGCAGCGGUGACCUUCCACCUUGUCGUUGUGCCGACUUUACGGCGGAUGAUGGGUUGGCGCGAUCCGAGGCUGCGGCGGGUCCACGUGGUCGUCUCUUCAGAUUUGAAGCUCGACCCGGAGAGACCGGAGUACCAUCGCGCGACGCUGGACUGGCAAGAGCAUACACGUCAUCUACCAGCAGCGCACAGCACGGGCAAGCAAGUGAGCUCGAGGCUGACUAGCAUGAGGGGCGCGGAGGUGCUCAUGGAGCUUCCAAGGGGUCCCGGGAUGGUGGCAAAGGGGACAGUGGUUUCAGCGCUCGUCAUCGGAAACUUAUCUUCAGCGAGCGUGCAGCUCCCGGCUAUCUCGCCGGAGGUGGUGCGAUGA